AAACGUCAAUGACGUCAACGUUGGAUACCCACAGUACAGUUUUGAAGUUCAGCUCCAGAUCAAAAAGUGCUCAUAAAACAACUCAACAGAAGAAAGGAUGUGUUGGCUGUAAAUCCUGUUUUCUUCUCUGAAGUAUUUACAGUCCUCUCUUGAGUGACCACAGAGAUGCCUUAUCACUGUGUCGCCUAUGGAUGUGGCAAAACAUCAGAAGAUGGUGUUACACUUUUUAGAUUCCCCAAAGACCAGCAAGAGUUUUUGAAAUGGGAGAAGCAAGUCCAGCGAACCCGCACCAGUUGGGUCGCCACACCAAACUCUUACCUGUGCAGCGAGCACUUUGGUAGGGAGUAUUUUGAGCCCAGACCACUAACAGCUCAGCUGAAGCUGAAACCUGGAGCUGCUCCUACAGUGUUUUUGCGCCCGCAUUGUUCUGUCUGCAUCGGAGAGGGCUGCGAUAAUUGCCUACCUGCUAUACAACGCCGCAACCUUCUAACUGAUUCAAGGGAGUUUAACACAAGUUUUGAUGACACUGAUGGAGGAGAGAAUAGACCAACUGUGUGUGAGAUGUGUGGCACGACUGGCACAUCAAGCAGCUUCUUUUCAAGGACCAAGCGUUUCUGCAGUUUAUCCUGUUCACGUUCAUUUUCAUCAAACUCCAAGAAGAGCUCCAUACUGGCACGUCUGCAGGGAAAGCCCCCAUCAAAGAAAGCUACAGUGCUGAACAAGGUGAACAAAACCCCUUCAGUCCCAUUGGUAUCAGAAGCAACUUCUACUCGUUUUGAGUGGGGCGCUUACUUGGACAAAGAAACAUCUCUUGCUGUGUCAGUGUCCUGCUUCAGACAUGCUCCACUGUGCUCCCAGUGGGACGACAUUCAUGUAGGAAUGAAGGUGGAAGUCCUGAACACAAACGCAGUCCUGCCAAGUAAAGUCUACUGGAUUGCUACUGUCAUCCAGGUUGCAGGAUACAAAGCUUUGUUAAGAUAUGAAGGCUUUGAACAUGACAGCAGCCAUGAUUUUUGGUGCAGCCUCGUUUCAGGAGAGCUCAACCCGAUUGGAUGGUGCGCCAUGACAAGCAAGCUGCUGGUGCCACCUAAAGAUGUGAAGCAGGACAUCUUAGACUGGAAAGGCUACCUGAUGAAGAAGCUGGUGGGGGCUGACACUUUACCUGUUGACUUCUACCUGAAGCUUGCAGAGAGCAUGAGGACUUCCUUCAGAAUCGGUAUGCGUGUCGAGGUGGUGGACCCCAAGCAUGUGAGUCGGACUCGUGUUGCCCUCAUUGACUCGAUUGUUGGUGGUCGUCUGCGGUUGGUGUACGCAGACCAAAGUGACGCCCCUCCAAACGUUACACUCGACUUCUGGUGCCACAUGUGGAGUCCCCUUCUGCACCCAAUGGGCUGGUCCAGCAGAGUGGGUCAUGACAUUAAAGAAGCAGCAACCAGUAUGGAAGCUGCGAACUCAAAGGGGCACUUGGACAGUUCAAAUCUGCUCUUUAAAAAGCCCAGAUUUGUCUUUAUGGAGAUGGGUUUCUUCGAGGAGGGAAUGAAGCUAGAGGCCAUCGACCCUCUUAAUCUGGGAAGCAUCUCUGUGGCCACUGUGCAUAAGGUGUUGUUAGACGGCUACCUGAUGGUGGGCAUCGAUGGCAUGAUAACCAACAAUGGCUCUGAUUGGUUUUGUUUCCAUGCCUCCUCUCAUGCACUCCUUCCUGUGGGCUUUUGUGAGAAGAACAACAUCCCUCUGACUGUACCUCCAGACUAUGACUCAAAGACCUUCACCUGGCAAAAAUACCUGAAGGAGACUGAAGCUCAGGCUGCACCAAAGAGACUGUUCAAUGUCGACUACCCAGGUCAUGGCUUCUCCCCCAACAUGAAGCUGGAAGCGGUGGACCUGAUGGAGCCUCGCCUGGUGUGUGUGGCCACCGUGAAGCGCUGCGUGGGCCGCCUGCUGCUCAUCCACUUUGACGGUUGGGAGGACGAAUUCGACCAGUGGAUUGACCACGAUUCCCCGGAUAUCUACCCCGUCGGCUGGUGUGAGCUCGUGGGCUACCAGCUGCAGCCGCCUCCUGGGCUCGUAAAUUUAUCUGAAAGCCAGGCUGCACAAGGCAAGAAAGCCAAGCCCGUCACAUUGGGGAGAAAGAAAAAGAAACAUGGCAGGAAGAGGCUUUCUCAGGAGCAUGCUGAUAAUGAUGCUGGUCAGGAGCAUGAUAGGCAGCCUGAAGCCCCCAGCAUUUACAGUCCUCCUGUGCCUGAAGAACCAAGACUUCCUCUAAAGGCUCCUCUCAUCCAGCCUAAAACUGAGCCAGAGGAGCAGGAGGUCUAUGCAGUGCAUGUGAAAGUUGAGGAGGUGGAAGUGGAGAUGGAGACCCCCUCCAAUGCUCCAGACCACCGUCCACAGGCCCCUCUGAGUCUUAUUAAAUUGGAGGAGACAGGUGAGUCAGGACAACGUCAAGAACCAGAGCAGAGCUGCUUGAAAAGCAGCGCCCAUGAUAAAACGGAAAGGGGUGAAGCAGCAAGAGGACAGAAGGAGUUCUCCUCACUGGAAGAGAGCUGCAAUGAAGACAGGAUGAAGGAGAAAAGACGAGAAGGAGACAAGGCUUUAGAGGCCUCAGAGAUCAGUGUUGACAUGGAUGAUGGAGCUGCAGUCAUAGAGGGAUGAACUGUCUCCUUAGAGAAUGGAAAAAACUGGGAAGCGGGGAUGAAUAAAGGAGUAGGAAUGGCUGAUUGAGCUGUAAGACCAACAUGAUGGAAAAAUGCUGCAAAGACGCUAAAAUAUUUUAAAUGCAGAGAGGUACGACAUCUAUAAGUAGAGGCAGUUUAUCUUUGAAUAUCUAACAUGUCUAGCAUAACAUGGAAUUGUGUUCUAAAAGCAUGCCGCUCCACCAGAUUUUCUCCUUUUUAUUCUCAGCUGGGAUGUGGCUGUGCAUGAUAUAACAAAAACAGGGAGAUGUUAAAUAGUGUGCUUAAAUUACAUUAAUGAAUAGUACAUCUGGAUGCCAUGUUCAGAUGUUGCCUGUAAAUCAGCAAGACUAAAUCCUGUCACACAAGAUAAUCGUGCUGAUUUUCUGCCUGAUUUCUUCUUUGUACUACAGUCAGUAAAGGCCUGAUAAUCAGGUGAAUCCAAAGGUUAUCUUUACAGAUUUUCCUGUAGUGUGCUAGGAGAGUCUUUCCCUCUCUGAUCUGUUCGGACCACAAUCUGAGCCACUCUGACUUUAAAUCAUAGAAAUUGAACAUUUUCGAUAAUUAGAUUUAGAAAUCCUUUUGGGUGUGUGUGCACUUGGGCCAGCUAUGCAGGCUUGAGCAGGAAUCUUAUGUGGAACUGAUAAAAGCCAAUCAAAAGGCAAGCUAACUAAAGGAGGAAGCACAGCAAACACAGCCAUGGCAACAUGAAGCCUAAAGUUCAGACUGAUAUCAGAAAUGGGGGAGCAUCUUGCUGAUGUGUUGUAACAACACAAGUGUUUUAUAUGUAUCCUGUCAAUCGAAUUGACAAGAGAGGGAGCUGCGAUUUAGUAUGUUUACUCUAAAGUUGUGUUUGACCAUGCAAGAUUUGGAGUUUUGAGUGAAGACUGGUUGGAAAUAGGGUUGAUUUGACAGGGGGCAGCUUAGUGAAUUUUAGUACUACCUCACUCUAGUUUGAGAUAUUUACACCGAAUAUGCUG